AUGCCAGGAGAACCCACAGUGGCGACGACCUCGAAGCUUUUCCAGCCCGUCAAAGUCGGCGACAUGCAGCUCGCCCAUCGCGUCGUUCUCGCCCCGCUCACGCGGUCCCGUGCGAACGACAAGCACGUCCACACUGACCUCGCGGUCACGUACUACUCCCAGCGUGCAUCCACCCCUGGCACGCUGCUGAUCACUGAGGCGACCGACGUUACCCCAUACUCCGGCAUCUUCAGCAAACACGUUCCUGGAGUAUGGAGCGACGAGCAAGUUGCCGCAUGGAAGAAGAUCGCGGACGCGGUGCACGCGAAGGGAUCCUUCCUCUUCAUGCAAAUAUGGGGCCUUGGGAGGGCAGGAGUUCCCAAGAUGCUCAAGGCUGAAGGAAACUACCCAUAUGUCUCCGCCUCGGACGUCCCUUUCAGCUCUUCCUCAAACCAGAUCCCUCGCCCGCUGACUAUCGCGGAAAUCAAGGAAUACGUCGCUGCCUUCGCCCAAGCGGCCCGGAACGCCGUACACAGUGCGGGAUGUGACGGUGUCGAGAUUCACUGUGCGCACGGCUACCUAGUUGACCAGUUCACCCAACCCUCCACGAACCAUCGGACGGACGAAUACGGCGGGUCGAUCGAGAACCGCUGUCGCUUCGCGCUCGAAGUGAUCGACGCCGUCUCCGACGCUGUCGGGGAAAGCAAGCACCUUCCAGGAGAUGGGCUGGACGACCCCGUCCCGACGUUCAGCUACCUCGUGAAGGAGGCCGCGCGCCGGCACCCGAACCUAGCGUACCUGCACAUCCCGGAGCCUGGGGUGGCGGGCGAUCAGGAUAUUUUGGUGAAGGACGGUCAGACCAACGAUAUCUUCCGGGAGAUGUGGGCACCACGUGCCUUUAUGGCUGCCGGACGCUUCACCCGAGAGACGGCGAUCGAGCGAGCGAAUGCGACCGGAGACUUGAUCGCCUUUGGACGGAGGUUUUUGGCCAACCCCGACCUCCCUCUGAAGCUAAUGAAAGACCUUCCGCUCAAUCCCUGGGACCGCAAGUGGUACCAGACUCCAGCUGGGAGGCCUGAAGGCUACACCGAUUAUCCUUUCGCCAGGAUUCUGUCAGCAAUGCACAGUCACGUCUAUGAAGUGUGCACGAGGUGA